AUGGGACAUUCUCUCGUCUUGGAAAUUUCGAAACUGUGGAAGCCGCCGCAGAGAGAGACGCCAGCUGUCCAACCGGAGAGCCCGCUGCAGAAGGCAUCAGCAUACCAGUCUGCAUCGAAUGCACGGUCGCCGGCGCCAAGUUCCCGAAGGAAAGGCAAACGUUUCAUCGAUUGCGUAGAUAUUGUCAACAAGCAUAUGAACAAUAAGAUGCCGGACGAGUUCUGCCGUGGCGUGACCACCGGCUGGGCAAGCCUGGAUCAGUUGUACAGACCCGUACGCGGCGAGGUCACAGUAGUGACUGGCACGCCUGGCAGCGGCAAGUCCGAGUUCCUGUUCUCAUUGGCACUCAACCUGGCGUUGACCCACGGCUGGAGGUUCCACUGCGUGCCGUUCGAGCACAAGCACAAGGACUGGACAUUCCAGCUGCUGGAGAAGCUCCAGGAGGUGCUUGCGACGGUGGUGUACUUCGCCUUUCGCCUCGCCGAUAUGACGAACGUCUCACAUUUCGAUCGGAUUGUCUCGUUGUUGGCGUCCCGGGCACCUUCGGGCACAAUAAUUGCUGCUCCGUUGUUUUUCUCGGAGAGUGGCUCGUUGAACGGCACGCUGGUCUUCGACCAUGGUGACUUUGCAUGGAAUGAGUCCUGUGUCGUGGCAGCAGCAACACUGACUAUUUUGGGCAAUGUGGCCUUUCGGAAUUGCCAUUCAACGUCGACGGGCGGCGCUAUCAGCACAGUGAGACCUCGAUUGGCCGGCCAUGGGCAAGUUACUCAAGUCUCCGGGUGGCUCCAUUUUGAGAACUGCAGCGCCAAGCUUAAUGGUGGUGCUAUUGCAGCUUGGAAUGUGGAGUUGCGCGGGCAGUACGUCAGUUUUACAAACUGCAGAUCAGACAUGGCCCGUGGCGGAGCCAUCUAUGCUGAAGUCAAUGUGCAUGUCACGGCUCAGUAUGCGACCUUCCAGGACUGUGAAGCCGGGUCGGGUGCGGCAAUCUGGUCUGAUGCUAGCUUGGAGUUGAACGGCCGGGCCAUGAUCUUCGAGAACUGCGACUGCAGUCGGAGCCUUAAACAAAGAAGCACUGCUGUGGUGAGAGCCGGGUUCCGGCAGUCCAUGAAACUGAUGAACACUACGAUUUCGAGGUCCGUGUGCGAUUUUGGGAUCGAUGCGAGUGGAAGUGACUCUCUGCUGAUUCAACGGUGCAUGUUUUCCUGGCUGCGCGUGGGAGCCAUCAUUGCAGACUUCGCUGUGGAUGUCAGCAUUGAACACGCAAGCUCAGAACACGUAGUGAGGUUCCUGAAAGCCCGCAGUGUGCAGAGAGUGCGGCUUCAAAGCGUGCAUGUCCUUUGCACGCCCCUUACUGGAACUCGGUGCAUAGACUUGGACUUCUGGACGGACAGGGCAGAAAUCCAGUUUGACGACAUUCAACUCCACCAUAGAAUUUCUACCAACUUGGGUGGGGAUUCCGUACUCUUGCAUUUUCCCGUUGAUGCCAUGUGGCUGCCCGGGUCAGCCAGUCCACUGGGUUUGACCUGCUACCCCGGGUCCUAUCCAGAAUUCAGCCUCACUGACGAAGACCAUUGGGAAGCUGGGGUCUUUCGGGCCACCUGCUCCCCCUGUGAAUAUGGGACUGUAUCGCCCGGCUUCGUCUAUUUCCCGCUGGUGUUCAACAAUAUUGCCAUGGGCGCGAGGCCUUAUGAAAAAUGGAUGAAGAAUUUCUGCCUCGACUGCACCACUCUGGCAGAGUCUGUCGACGCGCUGAUUGCAUGCGGGAGGGGCAAAAUGGAGGUACCACGAGGUGUCAUGGUAACUGUGCACUCUCAGGAGGAAUAUGGCCGGCAGCAGAUGCUUGCUUGGCGUUGUCCGAACCCAUCCGCCUGCCCCGGGCGGAAUCAUCUUAUGGGAGGGACGCCCCUGGAGGACCAAUGCUCUCCGGGCUAUGCAGAGGGUAUUGCUGGCUGCGUAUCAUGUGAAAGUGGCUACGGUCGGAAGAUCAACGACCCGUUUGUUUGUCAGCCGUGCCCGCCUCAAGGAUUUCAGUGGAUACUGCUGUCCUUGAAGCAUGUCGGUCUCUUCGGCAUCGGAAUGAUGUCUGCGCAAAGAGCUCGACGGCGGACGAGUGUAAUCUUCAAGAUCAUGGUAUCCUUUGGGACGGCUUGCAACUGCGUCCUCCAAGCGGUCUCGGGUCUGCAAGAGUACCACUCGGCGAAGGUAUCCUUGCGAAGCUAUAUCGGCCUCACAGAGGCCGCGACUUCGGCGACAAGUUUGUACAAUCAGAGCUACGAGUGUCUUUUCAACACUCGGACUUUUAGCUUCUACGACUUGGCCAUAAUCGAAGUGUCCCCGCCUCUCCUGCUGCUGCUGUCUUGCUGGAUCUUGACUUGGGUCGCAAGCCGCUGUGGCUUUUGCCAUCGAGAGGUUCUCAUGAUACAGGGCACCCUCGUCCUCGGCAAUACCUACAUGGCGAACCUUUGUGCCGGCUUCAUGAAGCCACUCUCAUGCUUCCAGAUGAACACACCUUUCCAGGGCGGCAAGCCGCUACGGCACAACUCUUUCUUUUUUCGGGAGCAGUGCCGCCCCUUGCAUGGGCAAGCGAUUGCUGGCGUUGGCGUUUUCAUCUGCAUCCUGAUCGUGCCCGUGUACUGGCUGGAAAUGAUUCGAAGGUCACAUGACUGGCAUUCUGCAUCGCGAAGAAAGAUAAUGGGCUUUCUGGUAUCACACUACAGGCCUGGAGUAGAAUGGUGGGAACUGGUUCCGUUGCUUCGGAAGGUGUUGUUGCUCCAAGUGAGGGUCUUCUCGCCACCAAGCUAUGCGGCCUCGACCAACCUCACCCUAACGCUGGCUGUCCUGGUAACCAGCCUCUUGCUACACUCCGUCGUGUGGCCCUACGAGGACGCCUACCUGAACCGCAUUGAGGGCGCGGCCCUGGCGGCCAGUGUGACGGCGCUGCUGCUAGCCAGCUUGGCGGUGGCCCAAGAGUGGGACAAGAACGAAGCCUUGACGUUGCGAUAUUUGAUGUCCUUGUGCAUCGUGCUGGUGAUCGGCACGAUGAUCCUGAUGGUGCUGCUGAUAAGAUCGCUUGUGGAGCAGGUGCAAAACAGCAGGCGUCGGAGGGAUCUAGCAUUGGCGGUGGAGAUGGAAAAUUGCAAUUCAGGGACCGGCUUCUCUGACUUGUCCACUUUGACAGAGAUGCAGCGUCGCGAUUUGUAA